AUGACGGGAGAAUCUGGAUUUAGAGUGAUGCUUGUAGUGAGUGGUCCCAUGGUAGAUAUAUAUAUGGAAGAUGCAACGCCUGUAAUUGCAUCAUGCACAAUUCCAACUGAUCAUAGUGAGAGACAAUUUCUUGAAGCCACUAGCUAUAAUGUAUCCCCAAUUGGUCUUCCGCGAAGUGUUUCGUCAACGUCUUCAUUUCCUCCAAGAAAUGAACAUCGGGAUUCUUUCCAACAAAUUGAUGACAUUCUUUGCGAGGAUCAGCUUUUUGACAGCCUAAAUGAUUUCAAAGAUGCACUCGUUUUGUUUGGUCUUCGUAAUCAUUUUCGGUUCAAGUACUUGGACAAUAGUAGAAAAUAUUAUAGAGUUGUGUGUGAGGUUAAUAAUUGUCCAUGGAAAUUGUCAGCUGGUUGUGAAGGAAGUGGUGGUAUAGUGAGAAUCAAGCAAUUUAAUAAUGUUCACACUCACACUGCUCAAGACAUUUCAGAUUAUAAACCCAUUUUUUGGUCGAAGGAAAUAGGUCGAGCUAUUGUGAACAAGGUUAGGGACAAUCCUAAAUGCACCCCUAAGACUAUUUCCAAAGACAUAGACGGUGAAUUUUCUGCUAAAAUGACUUACAUGCAAUCGUGGAGAGCUAAGGAGUGUGCACGUCAUAUGAUUGAGGAAAAUCCUGAGGAUAGCUAUAUUUUAGUCCCGUGGUUGUGUGAACGAAUAACAGAAUAUAUUCCAGGGACAAUUACAUCGUGGGAGUGCACGGAUGAUAGGAGAUUUAAGCGAGUGUUUGUAGCUUAUGGGUGCUCCAUACAAGGUUUCAUCAAUUAUUGUAGGCCCAUGUUAGCAAUCGAUGCUUGCCACUUAAGUGGCAAUUAUAAAGGAACAAUGCUUGGUGCAACGAGGUUCGAUGCGAAUGAUGGCUUGUGGCCUUUGGCAUAUGCUGUUGUUUCUUCUAAGAAUGAUGAUGAUUGA